AUGGCGGAACGAGAUCGUAAAAAAAGACGCAAGCGGAAAGAUUCGACAACGCAUCUAAAACCACCGUUAGAUUUUAUUGAAAGCCCUCUGGAUGGCCGUAAAUACUAUUGCACUCCUGUUCAAGCCGCUCGAAGACCUUUUAUGGCGGAAUCCUUGCCUGUAGAUGACGAAGAAGCGAAGAAAUGGGUAUGCUAGCUCUCCGAUCAAAAGUCCCCUCCGGGUGUCUGAUAUGAUAUAAGUUUAAUUAAGUCCACAUAUUCUGCACCGGUGAUUAGGUCAGUUUCAGCGGCGCUCUUAUCUCUUCUCUCGUUUAGAGCACAAUAUGGAAAGCUCAUGUUGGAUCAGGCUCUCCACUGAUUUCCAGUUACCCUCAUGGAUGUCUCUAUUUAUGACAGAAGCUUAAUCUAUAACUAGAAGUGGAAUUCUGCAUCCUAGGGGAGGGGUGAGGGGUGUUUGGGGUACUCCGAAUUAUAAGUGAUGGGGAUGAUUGAGUAGGGGCAAAAACUGAAAGCCCCAAAAAUCCGCAGGGCUUCCAACAAGACCCAAAGAAGUCCCUGGACCAAAGAUGAAACACCCCAAAAAUGCCAUGCCGAAUUUCGGAGCCUGUAAUAAUUUCCAGAAAGCAUGAAAGGAAAAGUGAAUGUUCCAGGGAACCUCACAUUUUAAGCCAAUGAGUCAAAAGUGAGAGCGAUCAAGAAUUCACAACAACAAAAGGGAAUAUUCCAGUGACGAUAUUAAAAGCCAGGCGAUAAAUGCAAUAAUUUAUAAAUGAGACAUCAAUGAAUAGAAGUGUUGUUUACUCCCUGGGACUUUGCAGACUGUUGUUCAAUUGUAUAUAAUGCGUUUCAUGAAACAGAUACUAUGUAAUGCAUUCAAAAUAUUUUUAGCUGGAAAACAAGUUUGGUUGUACCUUAUUUGCAGAACUACGCUCGAGGAUAUAUACAUGGGCACUAGCAUGGGUCUUCAGAUUGUUCUGAAUACCCCAAAAAAUCCUUACAUAAAUCAAGCCACCCAAAAAGAUCCUUAUCAAAUUUUCCUACCCAAAAAAAUCCCUGGAUCAAAAUUUUAAACCCCCAAAAAAUCCUUUGAUCAUCUCCAUCAGUUGAAAUUGGGAGUACCAGCACCCCACCCUUCCAAUAUUUCAAAUACACCACUUGAGGUAACUGAGAUCUAGACUUCCAGCCAAUGAGGCAGUACGAUUGAAAAAAAAAUGCUAUGGAGAUUGUCUACAGCUUACUAGGUAAAAACGUGGGGCUGUCAGGUCUGGGGACCAUUUAAAGAAACUACCAUGGGGGAGGUACGUACUUGGGUCAAUUUUUUCUGGAUAUUUACUCCAUUAUCAGAUCUUCUAUGGCCUGAAUUAUAGACCCCAUCUUAGUCACUUUUGGUUAACUCUUGGUAAUUUUCACAAUCCCAACAUAGUUUUAAUACUUUCUGUCACUUUUUUAACCAUGAGUCUUCCCAUUUUUCAAUCCCAACUUACAAGAAUCUUCCAGCUCCCCAAAUUUAUAAUCUUAAAAAGGUGUGACCCCAUUCUACUUACUCUAUUGAAAAUACAACCCCAUUAUAGUCACUCCUGUUGUGAAAAUGCGACCCCAUCCAGUGGCAUAUCUUCAUUAGCCUUUCACCGGCAAGUACUCAUUUCCCCCCUGGGAAACUUCCUUGAAUAUGCUUCAACUCUUUUUGUAGGUAUCUCCUCAGUUUCCAACACAGUUGGAGGGUGAUGAAACCCUUUUGGCUCUACUAGGACCAAGGAAGAAAUCAGGCAGAGGUAAAACGAAAAAUGCCAAAGGAACAAAGGGCACAGGCAAGGAAACAAGCUCAACUAAACAUCUGUUUGAAAUUUUGCAAUUUGAAAACGAGAAGCAACUCACAGAAACAGAAGGAAAGAACGCUGAUUCACUGAGAGAAUUAUCUUGUAGGAGAUCACAAAGACUCAGACUUAAAGAACUACAGAGGGCCCAUUUUCUUUUUCAAGCCUCUCAAUUAGUAACUCCUGUAAACAAACGGGAUGAAGUUAUUCUUGCAUAUGAAACUCCUGAUCAAGAACUCAUUAAACUGGCAGCACGCAAGCAAUCAAGGAAGGACGGAGGAGAAUAA